UCCAUGGCAUAUUCAUCAUCAUCAUCAUCCUUCAACAUAACUCCUCCUCCUCCAUUAUUCCCAAAAAUCUCAGUCGAAAACUACGACGUAUUCCUCAGCUUCAGAGGCGAGGACACACGCUAUAGCUUCACGAGCCAUCUUCACGCAGCACUGAGCAGGCUGAAAGUGAGGACCUACAUCGACUACGAGCUCGAGCGUGGCGACGAGAUAUCGCCGGCGCUGAUAAAAGCCAUCGAAGAAGCCAAGGUUUCCGUUGUAGUUCUGUCUCAGAACUAUGCUUCUUCAAGGUGGUGUUUAGAUGAACUAGUUAAGAUAAUGGAGUGUAAGAGAACCAAAGGACAGAUCGUGGUUCCCAUCUUCUACCACAUAGAACCGACACACGUUAGACAUCAGACCGGAAGCUAUGCCAAUGCUUUCGCUUGCCAUGAUCGUCGUUUCAUGGCCACUGACCCCAACAAGGUCCUGAGAUGGAGGCUCGCUCUUUCUGAAGUAGCCAACCUUUCUGGCUGGGAUUGCUUGGUCACUAGGAUGGAGUCGGAGCUAGUUGAGAGGAUCGCCAUUGAUGUGUUGCAGAAGCUUGACUCAAUUAACAAUGGCGGGAUUGAGAGCAGGAUAGCAACCUACAAGCAGAUGGCACAGGCGAAGCUGGAGAAGUGUCUGAGGACUGGCAAUUUGAACGACAUGGAAGAUCUAACAGAGACCCUGCAACAACUGGCCAAUCUGAAACUGGACAAGGCCCUUAGAACCGACGAUGAUAAGGAUUGGGAAGAACUGGACGUGACGAACCAGAGGAUUUUGCAGCUGAAACAGCAGAAGUUGAUUCGCUCUGGUAAUCCCAAGGCCUUGGAGGAUUACACUGCCACUCAACACCAAAUUGCUCAGAUUAAUGCAGAGAGAGAGAAUCGUAGGCGUGGGAUCUACCGAGGGAUUUAACCCCAGAAAAAUUUCAUUAUUAUUAUUGUUCUUAUUCUUCAUUUUGGUGAAAGGUUUGGUAGUAAUAAAUUUGAAUGUGUAAUGAUCAGUUUCAUGAUCCUGUUUCUUUAAUUAGAAGCAGAAAUUUAAUAUCUUUGGUUUAAUAAGAUGCAUAUCUCUUCACUUUGUGUAA